CUUUCCUCCCUCCAUCUCAAUUCCUCAUUCUCCUCUAUCAAUCCAAUCCACAGCAUCACAAUGGCCGUCCGCGCAGCUUUCGACCCCAAGAACAUGAUCUUCAGGCACCUUGGGCCUACUGGUCUGAAGGUUUCUGUCUUCUCCCUUGGUGGCUGGCUCACCUACGGCGGUACCCAGAAGGGCAACAUUGUCAAGGAUUGUCUGCAGGCUGCUUGGGACAAUGGCAUCAACUUCUUCGACACUGCUGAGAUUUAUGCCAAUGGCCAGAGCGAGAUUGAGAUGGGCAAUGCUCUGAAGGAGCUUGACUGGCCCAGGGACGAGUAUGUCCUCUCUACCAAGGUCUUCUUCGGUACGGGAAGGAAGGAGCCGAACACCAGGGGUCUGUCCAAGAAGCACGUUGUUGAGGGUCUCAAAUCCUCUCUGCAGCGCCUUCAGCAGCCUUAUGUCGACAUAGUGCUGGCACACAGGCCUGACAAUGCGACUCCCAUGAAGGAGAUCGUUGAGGGCUUCACGCAGGUCAUUCGCAACCUGAACCUUUCCUACUACUGGGGCACUUCCGAGUGGAGCGCGGCCCAAAUCAUGGAGGCCACUCAGAUCGCUGAGAAGUACAACCUGAUUGCCCCCAUUGCCGAGCAGCCGCAGUACAACGCCUUCCACCGCGAGCGCUUCGAGGUGGAGUACGCUCCCCUGUUCAACCAGUUCCAGUACGGCACCACCAUCUGGAGUCCUCUUGCCUCCGGCCUCUUGACCGGCAAGUACAAUGACGGCAUUCCCGAGGACUCGCGUUUCGCGACCAACAAGGCAUUCUUCGAGGACACGAUUAAGCAGCUUAAGUCGCCCGAGGGCCAGGCCAAGAUCGAAAAGGUCAAGAAGCUGACGGCGAUUGCCGAGAGGCUGGGCGGCACGGCGUCGCAGCUUGCGCUGGCGUGGGCGGCCAAGAACCCCAACGUCAGCACCGUUAUCCUCGGCGCCACCAAGGUCGAGCAGAUCCACGACAACUGCAAGGCCCUGACGCUGAUCCCGAAGCUCACGCCCGAGGUCAUGGAGGAGAUCGAGAAGGUUCUCGACAACAAGCCGAAGCCCACGCCUACCUACGGUCGCGAGAGGUAGGUUAUAGGUAAUCCCUCUGCCUCGCCUACGCUGGGUGGUUUCGGUGCUGAGCGCUUACGGAACUCGGGGAGCAGGUCGAGGCUAUGAUUUAUGAGCGAUGAAAAAGCAACAGUCAGCUUUCUAGGUCUGCCGUAGAAAUAUAAACAGAUCCCACCAAACAACGG